AUGCAACAAACAACCGUUACAAUAAUCGAAGAAAAGAAACAACAACAGGUUCAAUUCAAUGAGCCGAAUCAUACCACAACAACGACAGCAGCAGACACUGCUGAUUUAAUCAUGAAGAGUCCAGUGGCGAGAGAUUUGAAUCAAGUCAGAGCCUUGUUUAUGAAAUCUCUCUUUCUCCAAUUUAGACAAUACAAAACGAACAUUUGUCAGCUCUUAUUCCCUGUCAUGUGUUUGGUAUUUAUAUUUAUUUUGCAAGUUGUUCUGAAUACUCUUGUCCAAGGAUUUCUUAAUGCUGCUGGAACGGAUGGCGUUUACAAAAUUAACUCGACUGCUCUCGAAUUAUCACAACUCAUGUUACAGGCCAAACAAAUAGAGUACAAUCAACAACUUGUCCUCAAUAGCGAUCCUAAAGCAACUAAAAAUUUAACAUUUUCUCCACCUGAAGCGAUUUAUGUGACCUCAGACAAAAUUGGUUAUUUGGAUACCGUUGGCAUUGGAAGAUUGUCACCAAAUAUCAGUGAACCUUCCACUGGAUUUCUCAAACUUGUGACACCAUUUUCACGAUCUAGUCCACUCUUUUUAGUGAACGGAACCUAUAAUUAUACUGGAUUUAUACAAAUUCCUUACAGUGCAACUGGACCAUUCACAGAGGAACGAUCAAUGGAUGAAAUGAUUUUUGAUCAAAUGGGUGCUGUUGGUAAACCGGAACGCAUGAAUGCAGUUGGAGCCUAUAUUAUUAGAGAAUUAUCGACUGCACCUCAAAAAGGGCGAAUCAAUUACACUGUAGAAUACGACUAUGACGAGAAAACUCGAUUCUGUAGCGGUUUUAUCAAAAAAUCUCCUUAUUCCUUUGUCAUCAAGAGCUGUAGAGAUGUUCUUGGUGUUGGACUUCAAAACUGGCUGAACGAUGCAUUCUUAAAGAAUAUCACAGGAAGUACCAGUUUUAGAAUCAAAACAAACACAGCACAAAUGCCCUAUGACACUUCAAUUGCCACUUUCCAAAUUGCAGAUCUUUUGGGUUAUUUCUUUUUCCCAAUGAUUUUAUGUUUGCUAUUACCUUCUUUCAGUUUCACAGUCGUAUUAGAAAAACAAUUCAAGUUGAGAGAAAUGAUGAAACUCAUGGAUUUAUUACUCAAACCUCUCCUCUAUUGUUAUGUAAGUUAUUAUUGUUUCGAAUUUCAAGAGGAGACUGAUGAACAUUCAUUGUGCUCUUGUGUAUUUUUGGAUUUCAUGAGAUGUUCAGUUAUUUUCUUUAUUUGCUGGGGAAACACAUUGGUGAGCUUUUCAUUCUUAUUAUCUUCCUUUAUUGGAAAAACAAUUGUGGCAACUAUUAUCAGCUAUCUCAUUGUGUUGAUUGGACCAAUGGUUGGUGUGAUUCUCGAGAUGCAACUUUUGACAAAUGCUCCCAAUGCUCGCUUUGGUCUCUUGCUAGUAUUCCCAUUACAAAUUACUCAUUUUGUCUAUGCAACAUCCAGUUCAUGUAACAAUUUGGAUUGCUUACGAAAAGUAUCUGACAUUUAUGACAACAAGUCAGUUUUCUUUUCACUCAUUUACAUGGUAGGAAUGUCAGUGGUCUACUUUGUAUUGAGCUUGUACUUUGAUGCUGUUGUUCCUCAACCAUUUGGUGUUUCAAGACAUCCACUCUUUUUCCUCGAAUGGAUUUGGAAACCUUUCACAAAGAAUCGAGUGAAGAAAAAUUCACCAACGAGCAAGAACAAGAUUUUACCAUGCUCCUCUCCUUCUGAUUCACAACCUACGCAAGAUGAUGAAAUGGUUGUGGGUGCAUCGAAACAUCGUCUCGAUGAAGUGGAUUCAGAUGUUUUAGAAGAAUUCUUGAAAGUCAAUCCUCCAAAUCUCGAUAAGAAACAAACUCUUGAACAUUUGAAACGUUUAAAGAAUGACUAUGGAGUAGUAUUUUAUAAUUUAGAAAAGACAUAUGGAAUGAAUCGAGCAGUGAAAGGAACUUGUUUAACCAUUGGAAAGUCAGAAUGUUUUGGAUUAUUGGGUAUGAACGGUGCUGGUAAAUCCACAACCAUUUCCAUGCUAUCGGGCAUGUUUGGUCCAUCGAAAGGAACAGCUUUUGUCUACGGAAAAGACAUUCGACAUGACAUGAAUGAUAUUCAUCAAAUCAUGGGUCUCACAGCUCAAUUUGACAUUCUUUAUCCUGACUUGACUUGUGAAGAACAUUUAUUAUUCUAUAGUCGAUUGAAAGGAGUCAAGUUGCAGUACGAAAAGGAACACGUUCAAAGUUUAUUGAGACAAGUUGGAUUAGACAAUGAAACCUUGAAAACAAAAUGGUCACCUAAUUCAAGCGCACUCUCUGGUGGUAUGAAGAGAAGACUUUCCAUUGCCAUUUCACUCGUUGCAGAUCCAAAGAUUAUUCUUUUGGAUGAACCCACCACGGGACUCGAUCCUCUCAGUAAGAGACAUUUGUGGAAUAUUAUUUUAAAUCAAAAGAAGAAUCGAACGGUGAUUUUAACAACUCACUCUAUGGAAGAAGCAGAUGUUUUGUGUGAUCGUAUUACAAUCAUGUCGAAAGGUUCAUUUAAAUGUUUGGGAAGUGGACUACGAUUGAAGAAUAAGUUUGGUGAUGGCUUUUUAUUGAGUGUGAGUUAUGGAGCAGAGGAUCAACAACGUGCUGAACAAUAUGUCUAUGAUUAUGUUCCUGAGGCAGUGAAGGAUUUAACUUUGACAGGAACGACCGUAUUCAAAAUUCCAAGUUUUUCUCGAUCAGAUUUGAGCAAGACAACUUCACAAUCCAUUGAGCAUGCCACUCCAAAACAACAAAUGGAAGCUAGAUCCAUUGCUGGUUUGUUCAAACAUAUGGAAAAAGGAAAGGUUGAACAUGGUAUCCAUGAAUGGGCUCUCAAUCAAUGUUCGCUCGAACAAGUGUUUUUGAAUAUUGUUCAAAAAGAUUCUGAGAAAAGAUCUGCCUCAGAGAAAGAGGUCAAAUGUGCCAACAAGAGAUCUACUGUACUCAUUCGACAAUGUUUGUGCUGA